AUGAAUCUAAAUGUCUGUCUGAUCAUAGGUUGUCUGUGUGAAGUCAUUGUUACCAUGGCAUGGAGUUCCAAUAGCACCAAACUGGACAACACCACCUUGUCCCUGUUCCAGAACGUGACAGCUAGCACAGCCAUCUCCAUUGUCUACAUUGUGGUCACCAUCAUCAACCUGAUAGGAAACAGCCUCUCCAUGUGGCUCCUCCUCUUCCAUACCUCUCCCAAAACUCCCUCCAUCAUCUUCAUGAUCAACCUGACCGUGACUGACCUGACCUUGGGCCUCGUCCUGCCCUUCCAGAUCAUGUAUCAGAUGCAGGGAUAUAACUGGAGCCUGGGCCCGGGCAUGUGCAGGUAUUCUUGUUUAUUCUUUUGACUAUCAUUUAUUUAUCCUGAUCAGUACCAUUGAGGUAGAUGUGCCUUUUACAAGCCCUGGAAAAGAGCCAACAACUUUCUUUCAUCACAGAUUAAUAAUGAUUAAUUAUCUUCCACAGGCUCUUGACCCUGGUGUUCUUUGCCAACAUGUACUGCUCAAUUCUAACUAUGACCGCCAUCAGUGGAGACCGCUACCUGGGCAUCUGCCGGCCCAUGCUCUUCUGUGAGACCAGGGAAAGGAAGUCAUUCGCUGUGAUUGUCUGCUUUGCCAUGUGGACAGUCGUCCUAUUGGUCCUGUACCCACUCUCUAUAACUGACCUGACAUUCCACGUUCCAGAACUCAGGAUUACCACCUGCUUCGACGUUCUGAAGAGGGACAUGCUUCCAUCCAUGGUGGCCUGGGCUGCCUUCCUCCUUGCCCUGUUUGUCAUCCUCUUCCUUAUCCCGUUCUGCAUCACUGUUUUCUGCUACGUCAGCAUCAUCCGUAAACUGGCCCGAGACUCCAAGACCAAACAGAAGGAGAAGGCUAUAGGUCUCGCCGUCACCGUCCUAACGGUCUUCACGCUCUGCUUCACUCCCAACAACAUCCUCCUUCUGGCUCACACCAUCCGGAGGCUCUUCUAUGGGGAGUCCUUCUACAUGGCCUACAAGCUGACUCUCUCCCUCAGUUGCUUCAACAGCUGCCUGGACCCCUUCAUCUACUAUUUUGCCUCUAGGGAGUUCCGUAAGAAGUUGAGGCAGAUGCUAAGGCUGAGAACACUGAGCAGUCUGGACACGGGGAAGACAGACCUGCACAGAGAGAGCCUGUACUCUGCCCAGUAUGUGUCUGAGGGACAGGGUGGAGAGAACGGCAGAGUGUCUGUUAAACAACACUGUUAAAAAACAGAUAGAGAGGGCCUCCCGAGUGGUGCAGCAUUCUAAGACACUGCAUCGCAGUGUUAGAGGCGUCACUACAGACCCGGGUUUGAUCCCAGGUUGUGUCGCAGCCGGCCAUGAUUGGGAGACCCACGAGGCGGCGCACAAUUGGCCCAGCGUCGUCCGGGUUUGGCCGGCAUGUCCUUGUCCCAUCACUCUCUAGCGACUCCUUGUGGCGGCCCGGGCGCAUGCACGCUGACUCGUGUUGCCAGUUGUACGGUGUUUCCUCUGACACAUUGGUGCGGCUGGCUUCAGGGUUAAGCGAGCAGUGUGUCAAGAAGCAGUGCGGCUUGGCAGGGUCGUGCUUCGGAGGACGCAUGGCUCUCGACCUUCGCCUCCCCCGAGUCCGCAACGGGAGUUGCAGCGAUGGGACAAGUCUGUAACUACCAAUUGGGGUAAAAAGUCAAAAACAAAUAACAAAAACAUUGAGAGAUGGCAGAUGACAACCAAUAUGACAUUUUGUAAUAUCCCCUGUUCAAAUAAUUUCACAGGAAUGUUUUUGUGUGCUGUAUAUAGACCCACUAACAAACCAGGGCAGAUGGUUCUUCACAAAGUUAGUAAAAUAGGGUUAUUUAUUUUGUGAAGUACUGUUGCAACUUGCCUAAAGAUAGGAAUUAGAUAGUGUGGCUGAGUGAGAGCUAGGCUCCUUUUACCACGAAUGUGAUCUCUGCCUCCUGCCAAUUCGGGCGCAUUCAUUGUUUCAUUGUGUAAAUUAUUAAGUCUACCCACUGGGGUAAUUUCAACGAAAUUACAUUGAACCAACGUGGAAUAGACAUUGAAUUGACUUCUCUGCCCAGUGGGUACCUUUGUUAAAUGUUUAUCCAUUCCCUGCUAAUUAUAUCACCAGUAAUGAAUUUUAUGUUAAUCUCCGUCAUCUAGAACGUUAGAGUUUGUUUAAAUUGCUAAAUUCUAUUCAUUCAUGAAAUAAAUAUGAAUUUACCGUUCUCAUUCUCUGAGAGUUUGAUGUAAUUUUCCCUAAUGUCUUUUGUUUGGAGCGCUCCAUAAAAAAAUAUAUUUAAAAAAUUAUAAUAAUUGCACUUGUCUAGCACUGACUUAGCUCAUAACCUUCUUAUUUAGGAAUUUAUUUUUUACUAUGACUGUGAUAUGUGGUUGUCCCAUCUAGCUAUCUUAAGAUAAAUGCAGUGUAAGUCGCUCUGGAUAUGAGUGUCUGCUAAAUGAUUAAAAUAUAAAUGUAAAAAUGUCUAACCUAGCUACCGUAAAAUGAAUGCACUAACUGUAAAUCACUCUGGAUAAAAGUGUCUGCUAAAUGAGUAAAAUGUAAACAUCUGAGCAUGCAUAGAAAGAGGCCUAUAUGGCAUGUGCGCUACAAUUGGGGUCAGUACUGUGAGUUGAAAGACAAUUUUGAAAAGUGUUCAAUUUAGGAACUGUGAUAAAAUGUUAAGAUUAAGUCUUAUUUAGAUGCAUUUACCAAUGUAAUGAUGGAUAUGGAAAGUGCAUAUGUAUCGGUUUGAGGUCCUGUGAUUCAGAUUUGUUUUGGUUUCUUCGUUUUGGUUUCUUGGCAUGGACACACGGAUAGCGUUUGCCGGCCGAGAGUUCCAGCAGUAAUUUGCAAACCUAGUGCGAAACGAUUGAUCCAGAUGAUUGAUCCAGAUUAUUAGAAAAAUUAUAGGCCCAUCUCAAACCUCCCUUUUCUUUAAAAGAUUCUAGAGCAGUUUUCCUUCUUCCAACAGCACCAUCAUGAGGUGAAACACAACAAUACUCUACAGCCCUCAAACUCAACUCUGGAGCUCGAAGCCAGUUCCACUGCAUUUUUUUAUUGUUCCCCUCUAAUCAGGGACUGAUUUAUACCUGGGACACCAGGUGGGUGCAAUUAAUUAUCAGGAAGAACAGAAAACCAGCAGGCUCCGGACCUCAUAGGGUAAGAGUUGAAUACCCAUGAUCUACAGGUUAACUAGACUCACAUCCAUGAGAAUGUGUGCCAAAUUCCAUAACUCUGAGUCAAACAGAUCAAGAUAGCGCCACCAUGUGGUUGAUAUGAAUGUUUUAGCAUAUGUUGAGUCUUGACAGUGUUCUGAAUAUUUAUCAAGAUUUGUUACAAUAUGAAUAACCAUGUCUGAUUUAUAUGCAUUUAUGUGCCAGGUUGAUUUGCUUGAUAUUUUCUAUUACAUGGCACCUUCACUGUUGGAUCACCAUGAAAUACCUGUAAAUAAAGUCUACACCUUGAGCACUUGACUUCAGCUGAUUUCCUUCCAUUACGUCUGCUACAGUUGUCUAUUUUACAAAUAGAAAAAAAUAAAAUGAAUUAAAAGUCACUACCAAAGAAACAUGGAAAUAAAUUAUGAAGAGGGUUUCCAUAGGACGUGUUAGAAAUCAAAUUAAGCCCUAUACUAUGUUAAAUAUAAAAUUGGUCUGUAGCUUUAACAGUACAAGAGCAGUUUUUAAAAUGGUAUUAUAUGGUUGCCUUUGACACCCAUAUGAAAAUGACAAAUAUGUUUUGUAAUUUAUAAUUAAGCUUCAGACAACCAACUCAUUACCACCUGUCAUUAUACAAGACACAUUUCCACCUGACACUAUAUAUCAAUGAAAUUACAAAGGAAUAGAAACAUACUUUUUUUGUAUUUUCUUCCGUUCAGUGACGACCCAGAGCAACUAG